AUAUUGUUGGCAUUACGUGCACGUUGUAGUUUUGAGGUUAUAAUCCACAUGUUUUGAAAUAUCGUGUUAAUUUCGUGUAAACAAACGUAAACAUGCUGCGGCGACAAGCUCGGUUAAGACGCGAAUAUCUCUACAGAAAAACCAUAGAAGACAGACAAAAAUCCAUCCAGGAUAAGAAGGACAAAAUAAAGAAGAGUUUGGACCAAAACAUACCGAUACACGGUGACUUGCAGAAAAAGGCUCUGCAUUAUUCGAAGAAAAUAGAAUGGGAGGACGAGGGUCCCUCAGCGGCGACGCAGCUGGGGGGCGAAAGUGGGGGCGCGUUUGCGAAUUCGCAGGACGACGAAUACAGAUAUGCUGGUGUGGAGGACCCGAAGAUCGUCAUAACGACUUCUCGGGACCCCAGCGCCAAAUUAAAGCAGUUUGUGAAAGAAAUGCGCCUGAUUUUCCCCAACGCGCAGAGGAUGAACCGCGGUAACUAUGAGAUGAAGCAAUUAAUGCACGCUUGCCGUGCCAACGAUGUAACUGACUUCAUUGUGGUGCACGAACACAGAGGUAUCCCUGACAGUUUGGUGGUCUGCCAUUUACCAUACGGCCCCACUGCUUACUUUACCAUGACGGAUGUGGUGAUGAGGCACGAUAUCCCCGAUAUUACGACAAUGUCGGAGCAGUACCCCCAUCUGAUCUUCCACAACUUCAAAACCCCGCUAGCGGAGAGAACGAUGAACAUUUUAAAGUACCUUUUCCCCGUACCCAAGGAGGACUCCAAGAGAAUCAUGACUUUCGCCAAUCACGACGAUUAUAUCAGUUUUAGGCACCACAAUUUCAAAACUGUCGACAGGCAGGUCGAGUUGAGCGAAGUUGGCCCCCGAUUCCAGUUGCGAUUGUACGAAAUUAAAUUGGGGACUUUGGAUACAGCCGACUCAGCUAAUACUGAAUGGGCACUAAGACCAUACAUGAAUACGACCGUUAAAAGGAGGUUUUUCAGUGAUGACGACGGCUGGAGGCAAGACGAUGACGUGGCUCAAGAUUAAACUUAUUUACUUUUAUAAACUGUAUUAUUUUUUUUAUUAACUAAUGUUGAAUAAAUAAAUAUUUUUUUUACAGAAGUU